CGCAGGUUUUGCGCUACAGUCAACGUCCCUUGCAGACUUUGCUCAGACAUGGAUAGGAAUGGCCGACCUGAUGAGCGCAGGCGACAAGAUGCGCGACCACGACACGGUACGUUGUGCGCGCUGUCACGCGACCACAAUAGUCAUGUUACUAAUGCGUUCGCAGACAGAGACCGCUCACGAUCGCCAUUGAGGAGAGACCGUCGGGACGAUCAUCGCAGAGACCGCUCACCAUAUCGACCGCCGCGUGGUGGCGGAGGCAGCCGACCCGUAGCGACGCAGCGAGGGAGAGGAGGCGGUCAUGCGCAGCCACCAAGCAAGCCAGCGGGAGGGCGGCCGGGGCCUGACAGGAGACCGUUCAAUGACCGAUCCAACAUGCGGAAUGAAACCCAGCCCAAGCUCGAGCAUUUGGUAGAGCCUAGCACCGACAUCAAGAUGGAAGACCUGGACGAAGAGGAGGUGGAAAGGCGCAUGCUCGAGAAGAUGGGCUUCAAGUCCUUUCGGAGCACGAAGAACACGAAGGUGCCCGGCAACGACAAGAACUAUGGAGUUCACAAGGUCAAGAAGAGCGAAUACCGGCAGUACAUGAAUAGAGUUGGUGGGUUCAACAGGCCACUUUCACCAACGAGACUAUAAACAUGCGUCGAAGCGUACUUGCGAGCGUUGUACUACCAGCAUUCUAGCGAGGCGUUAGCGGAUUACUUGGGUAGAUGACAAGCGAUUGGGUUGUCACGGACGUGAUUUGCGCGUUUGAUGUGUUAAUGAGGCUAUGUGGCCGACAUUGCGACACGAAUGACGAGAUGGUACGAACUUCAUUUGGCUGAGAUACCGCUAGCUGGUGGCUCUAGGCUUAGUAACGCUCGGCUCUGCGUACCGAGCCUUUCUUCCGGUAUUCGUCUUUCAU